CACGAGCACUGCUGAGGACAAUGACGUAAUUUGGAAGACUAGGGUUUUUGGACUAUAACACCUUUAGCCUUCGCCUGGCACAAUCUUCUCCUCCGCCGAAGCUGUGUUUUCUGUAUCCCGGAGGGCUGCUGAUAUCCAGAGGGCCGCAGAAAGCCGUCGACUCCUCAUUCUGCGAAAAUGGGGAUCUCCCGUGAUUCGAUGCAUAAGAGGCGCGCCACUGGUGGCAAGAAGAAGUCAUGGAGGAAGAAGCGAAAGUAUGAGCUCGGAAGGCAGCCUGCCAACACCAAGCUCUCCAGCAACAAGACAGUCAGGAGAGUGAGGGUUCGUGGAGGCAACGUUAAGUGGCGUGCAUUGAGGCUCGAUACCGGAAACUUCUCAUGGGGUAGCGAGGCGGUGACCAGGAAGACCAGACUUCUCGACGUGGUGUACAAUGCAUCUAACAAUGAGUUGGUCCGCACCCAGACUUUGGUCAAGAGUGCCAUUGUUCAGGUCGACGCAGCACCUUUCAAGCAGUGGUAUCUCCAGCACUAUGGUGUUGACAUUGGUCGCAAGAAGAAGAAUCCAGCAGCUGCCAAGAAGGAAGGAGAGGAAGCUGAAGCUGUCCCUGAAGAAGUGAAGAAGAGCAGCCAUGUGACAAGGAAGCUGGAGAAGAGGCAGCAGACCCGCCAGCUUGACUCACAUAUUGAGGAGCAGUUCGGUGGUGGGCGUUUGUUAGCUUGCAUUUCAUCACGCCCUGGUCAAUGCGGCCGUGCCGAUGGAUACAUCUUGGAGGGCAAAGAGCUGGAGUUCUACAUGAAGAAGUUGCAGAAGAAGAAGGGCAAGGGAGCUGGAGCUGCUUAAUAGUUUUGAUUCACUGGAUAUUUGUCAGCUUUUGUUCCUUGUUUUCUUUUUUCGGUCUUCAAGACUUUUUUUGAGAUAUGACAAUGAGAUGCCAAAGUUUCGCCCUUGUACUACUGCUGAACCAUAUACUUUAGAAUGUUCAUCAUGUCCUCUAGUUAAAUGAUAUGUUUCUGUUUAUUCCAAAAGAUUGGGUCGUGUUCCACUUUUUCUGAAUCAGUGUUGAAUUUUCUCAGCCAGUAGAUCCGUCAUCAAAUACAACGAAGUGCUGAGACUGAGUAUAUGUAGAUUCAGUAUUUUAUCACCGUACUCAUGGUUCUGCCUCUACUUGCCAACGAUCAAUCUUCUAAUGGAGAAAGGUAACGAACUAAGAAGCGUGAUUCGACGAAGCUGAAAGAAAAGCGUUAAUGAAUUGAAGAAAAGACGUUAUAAAUAUCGCAGAUGAAUGCACAUCAUUGGGGAUGUAGCUCAGAUGGUAGAGCGCUCGCUUAGCAUGCGAGAGGUACGGGGAUCGAUACCCCGCAUCUCCACUGUUUUUUAAUUUUUUUUAAUUGGUUCAUUACAAUCUCUCUACUUAUGUUAAUUGACUUUUUUUUAAUUGGUUCAUUGCAAUCUCUCUACUUAUGUUAAUUGGGUCAUUACGAUCUAUCAUUUCUUCCAAACAAACAUAUUGAUGACCAGAUAGCUUACAAUCGAUUCUUAAUCUAUAAGUAUUGUUAUUUGUCAUAUCACACGGUCAAUAACUUCAGCAUUCGUGUUCUAACAGGUUGCUCUAUAUUUUUGUGUUCGUUGUAUUAAUAUAGGGUUGGUGACUUCAUUAAAGACGAGUUCACAAUAUCUCUCACAAUUUGUAAAAUAGUUUUCUUAGCCAGAACGUAGACCCGUCAUCACGUACAACCAAGUGAUAGAGAAGCUUUCAUCGAGAGCGUAUGCACAUUCAAUAUUUGUCACAAACACGGAUGGUUCUGCCUCUCAAUUGUUUCGACGAAAUCGUAGUGCGAUUAUAUGAAAAUGAAAUCAAAGGAUUAGAAUAGUUCACUAGGAGUUUAUAUUAUAGUCUAUAGAUAAGCAUCUAAUACAUGUAUCUGAGCAACAUGUAGAAGAACGAGGAUGUAGUUGUUGCUCAGAUGGUAGAGCGCUUGCUUAGUAUGCGAGAGGGACGGGGAUAGAUACCCCGUAUCUCCACAGUUUUUUUUUUUUUUUGGAUAAGGGUGAUAUAGGUGCACUAUCAGUUCCUACCAAGGCUGCCAAACCUGUAUCGAGUCAGUAGGUUCAAUCGGGUAUGACCAUAAUCGGUCAUAUAGACUAUUGGAAUACACUCUCAAUUGUUCUAACAGGUUGCUCUAUAUUUUUGUGUUCGUUGUAUUAAUAUAGGGUUGGUGACUUCAUUAAAGACGAGUUCACAAUAUCUCUCACAAUUUGUAAAAUAGUUUUCUUAGCCAGAACGUAGACCCGUCAUCACGUACAACCAAGUGAUAGAGAAGCUUUCAUCGAGAGCGUAUGCACAUUCAAUAUUUGUCACAAACACGGAUGGUUCUGCCUCUCAAUUGUUUCGACGAAAUCGUAGUGCGAUUAUAUGAAAAUGAAAUCAAAGGAUUAGA